UUUUAAUUCAAAACGACGAGCUUGUCUUAAAGAUUCACCUAUCACAGGUGUGCACUGUCGCGUGCUCAGGUAUCAACUAUUUCGGCGAGAUAGAAUGUUUUAGUGAAGAUAAGGGAUUGUAUGAGGGACGUCUGUCUGUAGGAUGAAGGCCUCUAGCCUACUCCUCCUUCUCUGGAUCUCAGUUACCACAGCAUGUGAGUUACCAUGUGAAGAGUUCCAAUGUGCCAACUGUCGCUGUAUUCCAAAUUCCUGGACAUGUGACCAUAACAAUGACUGUGGCGACAACUCUGAUGAGUUUGUCAACUGUACGUACAAAACCUGCUCCAGUAACCAGUUUACCUGUUACAAUAAGAAGUGUGUUGACCAGGAAUUGGUGUGUAACAGCAAUAAUGAUUGCGGUGACUACUCGGAUGAGAGCGGAUGUGAGUCUUACACCUGUAACACUAAAGAGUGGAAGUGUCCGUCAUCUGGACACUGUCUUCCUGUCUCCAAAGUCUGUGAUAAAACAGAAGACUGUCCUGAUGGUGACGACGAGGCCAAGACCUGUAGUUUUUUCCAAUGUGCUAGUCUGUCAUGUCAACAUGAUUGCCAUGCUACACCACAAGGGGGCGCUUGUUUUUGUAACGCAGGAUAUCGCCUGGACCCGACAGACAAUCGGACAUGUGAAGAUUUUAAUGAAUGUGAACAUUGGGGAUUUUGUGACCAGAAAUGUGUUAAUUCCCCUGGGUCAUAUCAGUGCAGUUGUUUCCAUGGUUACACACUCCAUAACAACCGAGCAUGCGUCACCACAGAAACCGCUUACUCCCGACCGGUGUUUGUUGGCCUCGAGGAUCGUAUCAUACGGAUGAGUACCAAGGGAGAGAAUCAGUCAACUGUUGUGUUUGGAGAAAUAGAAGAUUUAGAGCUUGAUGUCCGACGAAAUCUCAUAUUUUGGAUCGACAGCAAAGCGAACAAGGUGUACCAAGCUAGCUUGCAGCGGCCUCAGGAGAACAAGACACUUCCGUUUAAUGAGUUGUACCGUCCGUACAGUCUCGCCUACGACUGGAUCACGUACAAUCUUUACCUUGUUGAUCAGCGAGCCCGAGUCAUCGACGUCUUCUCCACAAAAACUGGCUAUCAGACCAACGUGGUGGGCAAUAACCUUCAAGACCCUCGGGCUGUAGCUCUGGAUCCGACAGAGGGAAUAAUGUUUUUCUCCGACUAUGGCCGCUACCCACGACACCAGGCACGUAUAGAGAGAGCAUUCAUGGACGGCAGCAGUAGGAUGAAGCUGAAACUGACCAAGGUGGUGGCGCCCUCUAGCAUUACUGUGGACAUUGUCAAUAAACGUAUCUUCUGGACGGACUAUCGCCUUGACUACAUAGAAUCCACAGAUUACUAUGGAAAACACAGAUUCAACAUCCUGUCUGGCGGCCUACAUAUUCCUGCACCUCUGACAGUCACACUGUUGGAGGACCAGUUGUUCUGGGCCGAUGCCACAAGAACCGGCGUUCUUGGUGUCAGCAAGUUUGGAACGGAUACUCCAAAGCAGAUCUAUGUCAACAAACUUCUUAAGAUGAAAACAGUGAAAGUACUACAAAGAUACCCAGAUGUCAUUAUCAAUAAGCGGGCCAGUCCGUGUCAUGUCGCCAAGUGUCAGCAUUUCUGUGUGUUAAGUCACGUCAACGACAACAAUGGACUUGGAUACAGGUGUUUGUGUGAUGUUGGAUUUCACCUAGCUAAAAAUCAGAUCAAUUGUACAGAGACAAGCUCCAUUUUAAUGUUUGCGGCGAAAUAUUCCCUUCGUGGAAUCCCUGUUAGAGACACCAGCUACAAAGUCGAUGCUAUCCCACAGGUCUUCGCGAAGAACUCGGGUCGGCAAGGAGUAAACUAUGUAGCACUUGACUACGAUGCUGAAGACGAGAAGAUCUACUUCAGCGACAUCAGGAACUACGCUAUAAUGCACGCAAAAGUCAAUAGUACAGAAAAGCCGAUGCCCCUUACAGUAAAAGAUGUGCGGUCUGUGGAGGGACUGAGUGUUGAUUGGAUAUCUCGUAACCUCUACUACACAGACUUCUAUCGUAGCACAGUGUCGGUACUUCGACUCCAUCAUCCGGAGGAAACACGAGUUUUGCUGUCCGGCAUGGGCAAGCCUCGUUCUGUUGUGGUCCAUCCACUAAAAGGGUGGCUGUUUUUUUCAGACUGGAUGAAGAGUUCCAUGCAGAGCCCGUACCUGGCGCGUACAUAUGGUGACGGAAAAAAUAUGACCAAGAUUCGGCAGUUUGAGCUUGGUUGGCCUAAUGGUCUCAGUAUUGACUUUGACACAGAUAGGUUGUUCUGGGUAGACGCUUACUUUGACAGGAUCCAACAUUCGGACCUGGACGGUGGUGAUGUGAAGACGUUGGUUGGAGUGAACAUCGCCCAUCCAUUUGGUAUUGUAGCAUACAAAGAUCAUGUUUACUUUUCCGACUGGAAGCUUGAAUCACUGAUACGGACAGACUAUGAGGGACGACAUCAGACAACUCUGCGGAGUGGUAUUGAGUUUCUCCGUGAUAUCACCAUCUACGAUAAACGUAUACAACGCAAACCAGAAAGUCAUCCGUGUCAAAAUCGUAAUGGGGACUGUUCCCAUUUCUGUUUCCCUGUACCAUACUCCAGAGACUCCGGAGCCCUCGGUCGGGUCUGCGGGUGUCCAUUUGGGAAAAAGAUAGCUGAGAGCCAGCGGGAUUGUGUGAGUGAUCCAAGUGAAAACAGGACAACUGAAUGUUUGCCUGGAAAUUUCCGCUGUGCUAACGGGCGUUGUAUUCCGCAAGCCUUCAGAUGUGACCAAGACAACGACUGUCUGGACCACUCUGACGAGAUGGACUGUGACAAGAGAACCACCUGUCCCCCUCAUCAGUUCCACUGUAAGAAUGGCAAGUGUAUCGGGAAACUCUGGCAUUGUGAUGGCGACGACGACUGUGGCGACAUGUCGGACGAGAAAAACUGUCCGGUUAAGAAGUGUCGACAGAACCAGUUCCAGUGUAACAACACUCUGUGUAUCCAUUACCGCUUCAAGUGUGACACAGACAACGACUGCGGCGAUGGAUCUGACGAGGGCAGCUUUUGUGAAUCCCACACCUGUGCUGUGGAUUACUACCAAUGUGGAGACAAGCGGUGUAUCCCGGAUAGUAAACUUUGUGAUGGAUCCAGAGACUGUUUUGACGAGUCCGAUGAGCAGGAUUGUCCGCCCCUGAACUGUACCGAGGGGAAAUGGACGUGUAAGACAGGGAGGCAAUGUAUCCCGGAGCGUUAUCAUUGUGACGGGGCACCUGAUUGUCGUGACAGCAGUGAUGAGGUUGACUGUCCCUCUCGAGAGGACGGCUGUCUGAAGGAGGAGUUUAACUGUACACAGGGAGGCUGUAUCCCGCUUACAUGGAAAUGUGAUGGCCAGCCAGACUGUCCGGACGGCUCAGAUGAACCAGAUGACUGCCCUACCCCUACCUGUUCGUUUGAUCGUUUCCGGUGUAAAAAUGGACGCUGUAUUGCCAAGUCCUGGAUGUGUGAUGGAGACGACGACUGCGGUGAUAACAGUGAUGAAGACCAGAAUCUCAACUGUCCACCCCCACCAUUUCGCUGUCCUUCACACCAGUGGCAGUGUCCAGGAGAGUUCCGUGUUUGUGUCAACACUUCCCUUGUGUGUGACGGUAACGAUGACUGUCCUGGUGGUCAUGAUGAGAGUGCCAUCUGUAAUAGUGAUGACUGUAAGGUGGAUAAUGGUGGCUGUAGUUUUAUGUGUCUACAGACUCCUCGUGGGGCGGAAUGUAUGUGUCCUCCCGGCCAUCGACUCCAAGGAUCAAAGCUGUGUGUUGACUGGGACGAGUGUGAAGUGGCCGGUACCUGUAGUCAACAGUGUAUUAACACCAAGGGAUCCUAUAAAUGUGCUUGUCGGGAAGGAUACACGUUAAUUGACCACCACAAGUGUGCAGCUGAUAGGAAUAUUACCAAGCCAUCACUGAUAGUGACCAGUCACACAGCCAUUGUCCAUGCUGACCUUGACCUUCACUCAUAUGUGGCUAUCCCUCUGUUAGGCGUGAGGUCCAUCGCCGGACUUGACGUCCAUGUUGCUAACAAAGAGAUUUACUUCAGUGACUCGGCCCAGAAACGUAUCUACAGAGUCAACGUGGAUGGUUCAAAUCUUACCGAGGUUUUCCCUGUUGGGGUGAACGUGGUGGAGGAUCUAGCGGUUGAUUGGAUAGGUGGAAACCUGUAUUGGAAUGACUAUGUGUUUGAAACCAUUGAAGUCUCCAAGCUUGAUGGCAGUGUGAAAACGAUUCUGUUCAGUCAGAACAUCACAAAUCCACGUGGCAUUGAGGUCGACCCGAGGAAAGGGUCACGGUAUAUUUUCUGGACGGACUGGGGACAACAUCCGCGUAUUGAGCGUGCAGACAUGGAUGGACACAAUCGUACCAGUAUUGUUACCAAGAAAGUUUACUGGCCAAAUGGCCUCUCCUUGGAUUACCCCAACAGGAGGCUGUAUUUCGCAGAUGCUCGUCUAGAUUACAUAGAAUAUUGUAACUACGAUGGGUCUGGACGUCGACAAGUCUUCGCCAACGACCAUUUUCUACGACACCCACAUGGCCUGGUGGUGUUUGAGGACACCAUCUUCUGGACUGACCGUGUGGCCGGACGUGUUUCCCAGUGUAACAAGUUUAACUGCUCGGACCGUGGACUGACCAUCAGCCGUAUAUCUCGUCCCCUGGGUAUAGCUGUGAUGCACCCAGUCAGGCAGCCCUACAGUGCCUUGGACGGUAAUCCCUGUUCCAACUCAUCCUGCAGCCAUCUCUGUCUCUUGUCGUCUGUGAAACCAAAGGGAUUUUCCUGUGCCUGCCCCGUAGAUAUGAAGUUGGACGCCUCCGAGAGCAAAUGCAUUCCCUCUGACCUGGACUACCUGAUGUACAUGACGAAGACAGGAAUCGUGGGUAUCAAUAUGGAGGACAAUGUGACACACCCCCUACUUCCUGUCGCUAGUGUUCUCAGCGGCAUGAACAUGGACAUCGACAGCGCCAACGGCAGUCUCUACGUCGUACAGCGUGGUGACAUUUUCAAUGCCUCGGUUGUGAAAGUGUCUAUCGGGGAUGGUAACGUGACACAGUUUAUGCCGUCCAAGUUUUCGGGGUAUGUACACGCCGUGGCUGUGGACUGGGUGGCUAGGAACCUGUACUGGGCCGACACCAAGGCUGGAACUAUUGAAGUGAUGAGGCUAGAUGGGAAACAGUACAGCAAAGUCCUCAUGUCCAACACUGGAAGACCACUAGACUGUGACCAGCCUGUGUCCUUGACCCUUGACCCUUCAAAGGGAAUUUUAUACUGGGCUGAUCUGGGUGGAAAUGGAGUCUCGGCUAAAAUUGCAUCCAUGCGAAUGGAUGGUACUCGUCCAGAAAUUGUCCACGAGAGGCGGGUCGAGGUCCCAGGGGACAUUGCUAUAGAUACCCACUCUAAUCUCCUGUACUGGGCCGACUCGGCCAAAAACUGGAUAAUGGCAUAUUCCUUAGACAAAACCCACACACACAGAACCCGAAUCGUCCACUCCAAGCUUGGCAGUCCAACAGGCUUAGCCAUAUUCCACAGACGACUUUACUUCGCUGACGCUGACCACGAGAGAAUCUAUUACGUACCACUUGACCACCCGCGGGAAAUGCACAUCGUCAAGGAAAACAUUGCUCUCCUGACCGACCUUGUUGUGUAUAAUGACCGCCACACCAAAGGGGAAUCAAAUGCCUGUUCCAGAAACUAUAGGGGUACCUGUGAACACCUGUGUCUGACGUUAGGAGGUGGACAACACACAUGUGCCUGUAGUACUGGGUACACUAUGUCAGACAAUAACACCUGUGUAGCGGUAGACAGUUUCCUUGUUGUGUCACAAGCAGACAUCAUUCGUGGGUUUAACCUGAUGAAGAAAGAUCACAGUGAUGCUAUGCCGCCAAUCCGGGGUAGAGACAGACGAGUGAUAGAGGUGGACGUUCACAUCGAGAAUGACCACAUCUACUGGAUUGACCAUGACCCCACUGGGCUUGAAGGACGUAACUUUAAUGGGAUCCGUCGAAUCAAGCGUGACGGUUCGCAGUUUGAACAGAUCAUCAACACUGGAACAGGUCUGAAGCCCGGGGACGGAGUUAAAGGUCUUGCCAUCGACUGGGUUGCAGGAAACAUAUACUUCUCCAAUAUCAAGAAUUAUGAGACUUAUAUUGAGGCUGCCAGGAUGAACGGUUCACAUCGUCUUGUUCUCAUACAGGAGAGAGAGUCGUCUCCCUGGGCUUUGGCUGUCAAUCCAAUUAAAAGGUAUCUCUACUGGGUCGACAAGGGUCAGUUUCCUAAAAUAGAACGUGCUCACCUGGACGGAACACAUCGCCGCAUCAUCAUUGACAAUGGUAUCGUACGCCCUUACAGCAUCACCAUCGACAUAACGACACACGACGUUUACUGGGUCGACACUCGGGUGGAUGCUAUACAGAAAGUUUCCUACAGUGGAGGAAGAAGAGUCUACAUUCGUACCAAUCUGCCCUCCCCGAUCAGUAUCACCAUCCUCGGUAACCAGAUCUUCUGGGCCGACUCCAAACUUAAACAGGUAUUGAAGAUAUACAAGAAAAACAUAUUGGAGCCAAAAAUUGUGAGAAACAGCAUUUCAAACCUUCGCAGUAUUGCCAUGUUUGAUGCAUCCAAACAGCCCAGAGUGGAAAAUCCAUGUUCAGGCCCGGAAAAUGGAGGUUGUGAACAGCUGUGUUUUGCCAAACCUAACAAGACGAAGCCUGUGUGUAUGUGUUCCACAGGAGACCUGGCUCCUGACAACAAAACUUGUAAUGCUCCGUCCGAUUUCCUAAUUGUUGCCUCGGAGAGCGAGAUUAUAACGUUGUCCCUGGAUCCGGACGUUCACUCCGCACCUCUCCCUCCUAUCACGAAGCUCAGUGGCGCCGUCGCUGUCGAUUUUGAUUACACCAACAAGUACAUCUACUUCUCCCAGGUGCUUGGUCGAAAACUGAGCAGGGUCAAGAUUGACAGUUCAGAAGUAGAAGAUAUUGUAGACACCAUCAAUAUUACAUCAUUUGAAAGCCUCCAGAAGACGGUGACUGCGGAGGGUCUGGCCACUGACUGGGUCGGACAGAAGAUGUACUGGGCAGAUGUCUUCCUCAGUCGCAUCUUCAGUCUCGACUUUAAUGCAACAAAUAAAGUCGCGCUUGCCAAUGUGGCAAAUCCGCGUGCUGUGGCUGUACAUCCCUGUAAGGGGUACCUGUUCUGGACCGACUGGGGACGUCUCCCAAAAAUAGAACGUGCAACAAUGUCUGGAAAUAAUCGUAAGACAAUUGUAUCAACGGACCUGGGCUGGCCGAACGGUCUGAGCAUCGAUUACGAUGGAGACAUGAUAUACUGGGCGGAUGCAUUGCGUGAUCGUAUUGAGCGAUCUAAUCUCAACGGUCAAUAUCGUGAGGUCAUUGUCCAGUCCACCGUCCACCCCUUCUCCAUGACUGUCCACAAACACUACAUCUAUUGGACUGACUGGACAUUACAUGGUGUUUACCGUGCGGAGAAGCACACAGGAGCAAACAUGAUCGUGAUGAAAGAGGGAAUCACCCAUCGACCAAUGGGGAUCAACGUUUUCUCAAGUCAGCGCCAGAAAUGUACUGCCAAUCCUUGUCAGAUUUACAAUGGAGGCUGCGCCCACAGCUGCCACCCCGCACCAGAGGGUAAGGCAGAGUGUCAGUGUAGUGACAUCGGCCUGACUUUAGGCGAGGACGGCAAGUCGUGUGUACCACUUAACCACACGUGUGGUACAGAGAACUUUGUGUGUGCCAACGGACGCUGUCUCAGUCAUCGCUGGGUGUGCGACUCGGACGAGGAUUGUAAAGAUGGAUCCGAUGAAAACCCCAACAUGUGUGCGACCCACACCUGUGACCCGACCUAUUUCCGCUGUGACAACGGUAGAUGUAUUCCACCACGCUAUAGGUGUGACCAUGACAACGAUUGCCAGGACAACUCAGAUGAACGUGACUGCGACUACAAGCCCUGUGGAAGUGACCAGUUCACCUGUAGUAAUUCUCGCUGCAUUGACAAGAACCUGGUCUGUAACGGAAUCGACAACUGCCGUGAUGGCAACCGUACAGAGGAGGCUAACUGUCCGGAGAAGACAUGUGCCCCUGGAGAGACCAAGUGUCCCAACAGUAACAUAUGCCUGGCUCGUCAGUACCUUUGUGAUGGCGAUAACGACUGUGGCGACAACUCAGAUGAAAACCCACUCUUCUGUCGUAAAGUCACCUGUCCCCUAGGUCAGUUCUACUGCACGAAGUCACUCAAGUGUAUCCCAGGGUCAUGGUACUGUGACGGUGAUGACGAUUGUGGAGCUGGUGAGGACGAACCCCCUACAUGUGUUAACAACAGCUCGGCCUGCAUCGGGACUCAAUUUGUUUGUAACAACAAAAAGUGUAUCUCACGGAGAUGGGUGUGUGAUGGUGAUGAUGACUGCGGGGAUAACAGCGACGAGGAGAAAGGACUUAACUGUGUUGAUGUGAACUGUCCUGCCGAUUCAUUCACGUGUGCGUCAAACAAGAAACGUGGACGUUACGCCUGCAUCGACCGACGUUACGUAUGUGAUGGGGUUAAGAACUGUCUGAGUGGUGAAGAUGAAACGGGUAACUGUGCCGAGGUCACAUGCCAACAAGGACAAUUUAAGUGUGCCAACGGCAUCUGUAUAGCCCAGAGGUUUUACUGUGAUCACGACAACGACUGCGGUGACGAUUCUGACGAACCCAAAACAUGUGAUUAUCCAGAGUGCGGUGCAGGCAAAUUCACCUGUUCAGACAAACGCUGUAUCCCACUGUCGUACUUGUGUGACGGCGCCAAGGACUGCUCUGACGGCUCCGACGAAAAGGCUGCUCGCUGUGCUGCUGCCACAGAGAAGCCAGAGUGUCCUGACGGACAGUUUAAAUGUGCCAACGACAACUGUAUUGACUACCAGCUGGUGUGUAACAAGGUAGAUAACUGUGGCGACGAGUCCGACGAGGACAGAUGCUACAUUGAUGAGUGUAGCCAGGAUGACAUGAACCAGUGUGAGCAGAAAUGCGUGGACUCCAUCACCAGCUUCAAGUGUGCCUGCUUCCCUGGAUACACCCUAAGGAACGACAAGAUUUCCUGUCGAGACAUUGAUGAAUGUAAAGAGGUUCCAGGGGCCUGCAGCCAGGGAUGCUUAAACUCACCUGGAAAUUACACCUGUAAAUGUAACGAAGGUUACUCAAAGACCAGAAACAUGCGGUUCUGUAAAAAAAACGACAAUAUCAAGCCAUGGCUGAUCUUCACCAACAAAUACUACAUCCGGGAACUUUCUAUUGAUGGCAAGCAUUACCGUCGCGUGGCCCAGGGCUUUGACAGUGUCGUAGGCCUCGACUUCGACUAUGCUGACGAUCGUCUGUUCUUCACUGAUGUUAAAGCAAAGAAGAUGUAUCGCAUGUACCUCAACGGAACUGGUAAAGAGGCCAUCGUCAAACAUGAUAUCGCAGGGGCGGAGGGCAUGGCGGUCGACUGGAUCGCAAAGAAAAUUUAUUGGUUGGACAGUAAACGGUCUUCCAUGUUUGUGACCGAGACGAACGGCACAAAUCGCUUGGCAUUGAUUCGUCGAGGUUUUGUCAAGAGUCCUCGUGCUAUCGUCGUGGAUCCGGCUAACGGUUACGCUUACUGGACAGACUGGAGUUUGUCACCUUACAUAGGUCGUAUUGGGAUGGAUGGAUCUAAUCCACGCAAAAUCAUCACCAACAAACUCGGCUGGCCCAACGCCCUUACAAUAGACUACGAAACAUCACAUCUAUGGUGGGGCGACGCUCAUCUCGACUACAUCGAGUAUGCCAGAGUGGACGGCACUGACCGUAACAUCGUGAUGCAGGCCACCGUGCCUCACCCUUUUGCCAUCACAGUGUUUGAGGACUGGAUGUACUGGACAGACUGGAACCACAUGAGCAUUGAAAAAGCCAACAAGUUCACGGGAGCUAACCACACCUGGUUACAGAACACAACCCAUCGUCCUAUGGACAUGCACAUCUAUCAUCCACUCAGACAGAAGGAAGGUCCAAAUCCCUGCGGAACAAACAAUGGUGGCUGUUCACAUCUGUGCCUCAUUGCCCCUGGCGGACGUGAAUUUUCCUGUAAGUGUCCAGAUAAUUUCCUGAUGGCCCCAGACCAGCAGACAUGUAUCGCCAACUGUACCAGCGGUCAGUUUAGAUGUGGCAUUUCCGAUGACCGUUGUAUCCCUUCUCUGUGGAAGUGUGAUGGAGAGGAAGACUGCAAGGAUGGAUCAGACGAACCAGAUGAUUGUCCUCCUAAACACUGUUCUCCUGGACAGUUUGAAUGUCGUAAUAAGAAUUGUACCUAUGGGUUCCGUGUCUGUGACUUGGUGGAUGACUGUGGCGACAACUCUGAUGAGGAAGCAUGUGAUGAGCGACGAUGUGAGGCAUGGCAAUUCAAAUGUGGCACCAAUAAAUGUAUCCCUCGUGGAUGGCGGUGUGACGGAUCUGACGACUGUGGCGACAACUCCGACGAAAACGACAACCAAUGCAAGAACAUGACCUGUGGAUCACAUCAGUUUACAUGUGACAAUGGCAAGUGUAUCCCGAGCACGUGGAAGUGUGAUUACGAUGACGACUGUGGUGACAGGUCUGACGAAAAACAGGAAUGGAAUUGUACGACCAGACAGUGUCAGAAAGGCUGGUGGAAGUGUAAGACUAACUACCGCUGUAUCCCAGACUGGCAGCGAUGUGAUGGACGCGAUGAUUGCCGUGACAACAGCGAUGAAGAUGAGGCUAACUGUCCGAAAUGUCACCCAACAGGAGACUGGCAGUGUGCCAAUAAGCGUUGCAUUCCAAAACGCUGGCUCUGCGACUUCGACAAUGACUGUGAUGACAAGAGUGAUGAGGACCCCCUCAUGUGUGCUAAGAAGUACCGCAAGUGUUCUGAGUCCGAGUUCCAGUGUAAGAAUAGGAAGUGUAUACCCAGUAAGAUGCGAUGUGAUAAUGACAACGACUGUGGCGACAACUCCGAUGAAGAUCCUCACUAUUGUAAAGAGUACCACAAGUGCCAGACAGACCAGGUCCAAUGUCCAACUGGUCACUGUAUCAGUAACAAGUCCAAGUGUGAUGGUCAGCGGGAUUGUAAGGAUGCCUGGGACGAACAAGGCUGUCCACCACGUUUCCCUGGCAACCGUUUCUGUCCAGCCAAUCAGUUUCAGUGUGAUAACACGAUCUGUAUUCCUCGCCGGUGGCGCUGUGACGGAAACGAUGAUUGUGGAGAUGGUUCUGAUGAGCGUCCUGAAAUCUGUCAGCUGAUAGACUGCCCACAGGAGACGCGAUUCCGCUGUAAUAACUUCAAGUGUAUCCCCCGAUGGAGAUUAUGUGACAAGGUUGACAACUGUGGAGAUGGCUCUGACGAGAACAACCAUGAGUUAUGUACACCAAGACCAGCCAAAUGCUCCACAGACCAGUACAGAUGUUCAAAUCGUCAGUGUGUGGACGCUGUCGAUGUGUGUAAUGCGAUCAUGGACUGUGAGGAUGCCUCCGAUGAACGUGGCUGUCAUAAGUUGUCGGGAAAUGUGAACUGUUCUGUUAACAAUGGCGGCUGUUCCCAGACGUGUACAGAUCUGAGUGAUGGCGGAUAUUACUGCUCGUGUCAGGAUGGGUACAAGAUCGCCAUCAGUGAUCGUAAAUCCUGCGAAGAUGUUGACGAAUGUGCACGUUGGGGAACAUUUUGUGCACAGCAAUGUAAAAAUGUGAAAGGAUCGUACAAAUGUUUAUGUACAGACGGUUUCCAUGACGUCAAAGGCAAAGGCACUCACUGUAAACCGAAAGGUGGACAGAUGUUGAUAUUUUUCACAAGUGGUCACGAGGUACGCCAGAUCAUCCCUGACAAAAAAGCGUACUCAGGAACACUAAGUUGGGGUCGCCACAUGGGGGCACUUGACGUUGACGUGGAUCGUCGUCUCCUCUACUUCUCUGAUCUGUCACUGAUGAAGAUAGAGAGAGCUGGGAUUCCCGACGACAUAAAAAAUGGCGGCCCACCCCGUCCACAAGAUUUAAAUGCUGAUGUUACCCAGGUGGAGGGUAUCGCCAUCGACUGGGUUACAAAAAAUAUUUAUUGGACUGAUUCAAGUCGUAGGACUAUAUCCGUUGCCCUAGACGACGGCCGAUACCAGAAAACUUUGAUCAGUGAUGACUUGGUACACCCUCUUGCUAUCAUCGUCAACCCUAAACUAGGAUUGCUGUACUGGACAGACGCGGGCAGCACCAGUCCUAAGAUAGAGCAGGCCUGGAUGACCGGUGAAAAGCGGUCAGUCUUGGUCUCCACACGGCUCGGCCGAGCGACAGGACUGACCCUAGAUGACCACAUGGAUGACAGACUGUAUUGGUGCGACUCCAAGGAAAACCUGAUCGAGUCCAUCAAGCUGGAUGGGUCAGACAGAGUCAUUGUGGUUGGAAAAGGACUUGAUAACCCUGUCAGUUUAGAUGUGUUUGGAGAUUCGCUAUACUGGGCAUCCCAACAGAUGGGGUCAGUCAUGAAGAUGGAUAAGUUUGGACGUGGCGUCAACAUAACACUACAGACAGGACUCCUGCUGCCCUCUAGUGUCAGAAUCAUGCACCCAAAACGUCACAAUUUAUCAGUAAAAAACCGAUGUGUGGGGGAUGACGGCGAGGAGUGUAGCCAUCUUUGUCUGCUGAAACCGAACGGCUCUGCAUGUGCAUGUCCGGACCACUCUCAGUUUAUUGAUGACUCCAACACACAGUGUGAUGCAGCGUGGGAAACAUCAAAACCGUCCCCAUCUAAGUGUUCAUGUCUCAACAAUGGAAUCUGUACGAUGGCUUCCAACAGAACCUACCGAUGCCAGUGUAUAGAGGGCUACACCGGGCGUUACUGCGAAGUCAGCAAACCCGUGAGAUUAGUGAUAGAGGACGAAUCUCCACCUGUGACUGCCAUUAUAAUCCCCAUCAUCGUCAUCUCUGUCGUCAUCUGUGGUCUUAUCCUCUUCCUCUGGUUCCUCAAAAAGCGCGGGAAGCUGUUGCUCAAGGCAAAAGACCUGAAGCCUGGUGUAGGCACUGCCGUUACUUACCGAGAGGGUGGAAACAUUCAGAUCGCAUCUCCACCAUUUACAUACGACCAGACAACAACAGAUACAGAUACGACCCAGCCGUACAGCCCGGGGAUCCCUGGGAGUGAGGAGGGGGGCGUGGCCUUCACUACCUUCAGUAAUCCUAUGUACUUUAAAGAGGACAAACAGGAAGAGAAAUCCAGUCCACCUCCAUCCCCAGUCACACCGAAAUCAGGAGGCGAUGCUCAGCAGGAUAGCACAUCAUUUGAUGACAUAAAUUUCCAAGGUGACAGCACGUGACGAUGACAAGAGUUGCCAUGGAAACUAUAUUACCAAAGAGACUCAUGUGUGCCACAUUUUAUACGAUCAUCUUCUGAUUUAGUUUUUUAUAAUAAAAUUUUUAAAAAAUUG